CUCUUCUCUCUAUUCUCUAAAUUCUGCUCUCUCUUAUUAUUCAUUUUCCUUUGUAUCUUAUUCUUCUUCUGAUCCUGUGAGAGAGAGAGAACAAAAUGGGAGAAAAUUGCGAAGCCGAGCAUCUGUAUUGGACUCAGUUUCAGGUGAAGCGUUUCUGCCGUGUUAUGUCUUCUGCUUUCCAUCAACACCUUAGCAUCCCCAGUAGGUUCCUUCAGUGUUUGAAAGAUGACUUAUCCCUAACAGAUUCUCUCCUAUGUGGAAGAGCCAUUCUUAAAGGUCCUAGCAGUAAGACUUGGGAGAUGGAGUUAAUAAGGACCCAAGAUGGCUUGUUUUUCCAAAAUGGAUGGUCUGACUUUGUUAGAGAUCAUAACUUGCAGGAAGGGAAUAUCUUGUUUUUUAUGUACAAUGGAAAUUUGAACUUCCAUGUCCUCAUCUUCGACCAUGAAAGUUUUUGUGAGAAACCAUGUUCUUAUUUCAUGUGUCAUGUUAGUCAAAGAUCAUUGAACUUGAACCACCCUCCUCAUGUUGUUCAAGCCACAUCUUCAUCCCAGCAACCAUACACACUACCUACUCCGGCACCAGCUGAAGCCACAAAUUCAUUGAACAGGAACGACCCAUCUGUUGAAGCCACAAGAUCAUUGAACAUGAAUGACCCUCCUUCCAAAACCACAUCUUCCCCCGAGCAAGCACAUACUCUACCUACUCCGGCAGCAGCAUCUCAACCAGAACCACCAUCCCCUUUGCAACCAUCUACUAGUCAACAUAUUCCUUCUGAACCCAUCUCUGGCAAAAGGAAAUUGACGAUUGAUGUAUUAGAAAUCGAAUCUUCAACUUUCAUGAUAGAUACAUCUUCAACUGAUGAUGAUGCACCGACAACUUUGCUGUCAAGGCCACAGAGUGAUGAUCAGUUCGAUCUUUGUCAUGAAAAAGCGAAGCUGGAAGCCAAACAAAAGGCCUUACAGGCCCAACAUGCUUCACGGUUUGAAAGUGUUUCUGUUCCUAUGAAACGGUCUUCUGUUAGUUCCAGAUCUCAAAUGACGAUCCCUUGUGAAUUUGUCAGGAAGCAUUUUCCUCCAAGGAACAUAGAAGUAACUCUUUGCUGCGGGCAAAGCAGACGCAAUGUCGCGUUUCUUUAUAGAAAGUCAUUAGCUAUCGGAGCAUUUACUAGGGGUUGGGCUGCUUUUGUUAAUGAGAACCAUAUAGUGGAAGAUGAUGUGUGUUUGUUUGAGCUUUUAUGUAAUGGAGUCCCAGUUCAAGAAACAAAAAAAAAAGGUAAUGGAAUCCGAGUUCAAGAAAGGAAAAGAAAAGGUAAUGGAGUCGGAGAGGAGGUGGAUCAUGAUAUGCUCUUUAAUGUCCGGAUCUUUAGAGUGGUAAAGGAGGACAGCGGAAGGAGAUUUGAGAGAGGAGAAGCAUCUUCUGCUGGUGGCCGUGGCCGUGAUCGUGGUCGGGAAAAUGAACGGGAACAACGUGGUGGAUGUGGACAAGGCGAGGGUGAAGGCAUAGUGCAAUCAAACGACCGGAAGCACGUGGGCACUUACCCCCAGCCAUUAAAUGACCACGGGAGAGGAUCUGGUUGCAUUUUUAUGACAUAAGACUCACAUGAAAAUUUUUUGCUGUUGCCCGAGUUCUAGCCAAGUAGUUGUAACCCCAUGGUAACCGGUUAAAGGAAUAGAAUUGCAAGGAUAGAUUUGAAAAUACUCAUUCAGAGUGAAUUUUUCCACUUUUACCUAUGAAAUUCCAUUCCCUUGACUGGUAUCAGGGGUUGCAGCUACCCAUGCAGCAGACAAGUUUCGUUCGAACUCACAUCACCAUUGGGCAAAAGGAUUUUUCCUUCUCCCCAAGAAAAACUUAAUGCCAAUAGUUUUAACAGAA